UCUGCCAGGCAGAGGAGAAGCAGAAAGGCAGCAUCAGCAGCAGAGGACCAGACUGGACUCCAGGAGGAGGAGGAGAGGACUCAGAGAAAUACAAGACAUUACUCAAGGGAAACUAAACCAUGGCUUGGAGUGAAUUUAGUGUCCUCAGCUGGCUCAGAGAGAGUCGACAAUCCCGAAAACUAAUCUUAUUGAUCGUCUUCAUUGCUCUGCUCUUGGAUAACAUGCUACUUACUGUAGUUGUGCCAAUUAUUCCCAGUUACCUGUACAGCAUUAAACACCAGGAAAAUGCAACAGAAAUCCAAACCAUUAGGCCAGACACACCGUCAGUAAGCCGGAACAGUUUUCAAAGUAUUUUCUCCUAUUAUGACAACUCAACAAUGGUUACUGGAAAUCAUUCUGAAGGAACAAGGCCAGGAGAUUUUUAUCAUGCACAGACAGAACAAAUGGUGGUAAAUAUGACUAAGACACCAUCAUCAGCACCCGACUGCCCCAAGGAAGACAAGGACCUACUAAAUGAAAAUGUACAAGUUGGUUUGCUGUUUGCUUCCAAAGCAACUGUGCAACUCCUCACUAACCCUUUUAUAGGGCCAAUGACAAAUAGAAUAGGCUAUCAGAUCCCCAUGUUUGCUGGCUUCUGCAUCAUGUUUGUUUCAACAAUUAUGUUUGCCUUUUCAGAAAGCUAUAAGUUGCUAUUUAUAGCAAGAUCUCUCCAAGGAAUAGGUUCUUCUUGUUCUUCUGUAGCAGGCAUGGGUAUGCUGGCCAGUGUGUACCCUGAUGAUGAGGAAAGAGGCAAUGCAAUGGGGAUUGCCUUGGGAGGCAUGGCUAUGGGAGUAUUGGUGGGUCCGCCCUUUGGAAGUGUGAUGUAUGAAUUUGUUGGGAAGGCUGCACCUUUCCUGGUGUUAGCAGCAUUGGCUCUUUUAGAUGGAGCAAUACAGUUGCUAAUUCUACAGCCAUCUAGAAUACAACCAGAAAGUCAGAAAGGAGCAUCAUUACUGACACUCUUGAGGGAUCCCUACAUAAUUAUUGCUGCAGGAUCAAUAUGUUUUUCAAAUAUGGCAAUUGCUAUGCUGGAACCAGCAUUACCCAUCUGGAUGAUGGAGACAAUGUGUUCGAGAAAAUGGCAACUUGGCGUUGCUUUCAUUCCAGCUAGCAUCUCUUAUCUGAUUGGAACUAAUAUUUUUGGGGUCCUUGCACACAAAAUGGGACGGUGGCUCUGUGCUCUAAUUGGAAUGAUUAUAGUAGGAAUAAGCAUUUUGUGUGUACCACUUGCUAAAAACAUAUAUGGACUCAUUGUACCAAACUUUGGGGUUGGCUUUGCCAUUGGGAUGGUGGAUUCCUCGAUGAUGCCUAUUAUGGGUUAUCUUGUUGAUUUGCGCCACGUUUCAGUCUAUGGGAGUGUUUAUGCUAUUGCAGAUGUUGCAUUUUGCAUGGGAUUUGCUUUGGGUCCAUCUGCUGGUGGUGCCAUUGCUAAGGCAAUUGGGUUUCCAUGGCUUAUGACCAUCAUAGGAAUUGUUGACAUCCUGUUUGCUCCUCUGUGCUUGUUUCUGCGCAGUCCACCUGCCAAGGAAGAAAAAAUGGCAAUACUUAUGGACCAUAACUCUCACAUUAAACCCAAAAUGUAUACACAGAACAAUAUCCAGGCACAUCCGUUAGGGGAUGAUGAAGAAGAAUCAGAAAGUGAUGAAUAAUGUACACAACCCUUAUCAAGUAGUUUGAUGUAUACAAGUUUUUCCUGUGAAACAUCUCAUCAAAAUUUUUAGUUGUACUGUACUUUUUCAAUGGUGAAAUGGUAAAAAAAAUUAAAAAAUAAACCAAAGGUAUAUUUACUUGUUGCUCAUGAUUAAGAAGCAGAUUACCCACUGCCUUACAAAAGGAAUAAAGUAAGUUUUUAUAGUUCUUACAGUGUUAAAAGUUAUUUAUGUAUUUAAUAUUAUGCACUAUAUUUUUGAAUAAAUUUGUGCAAAUGUGUAAAUCCAAAUUCUAUGCCUUUAAAAUGUUCAUUCACAAAUACUUCCCUUAUUAUUUCAUCAUUUGAUUCAUCAGCAAAAUGAGUGCCUCAAGCUAGCAAUGAUAAUUAAGAAAUGAAUAUACACUUUGCCCUAAGUUAAAUUCUUUGUUUAAAAUGACACAUUUCAAUGCACACUCACCUUACUUUUCAAAUCAUGCAGUUAGUUUUCUAUCGUUCAUAGAAAAACUUUCCUGUCAACAGAAUGUAGUAUUUGUGAAGACAUUUGAAAAGAUUUGUUUUUCUUCAUAAAAUGUCCAUUAUCUAUAGGCACAGAGCAACUAAAGGCAGCUUUUUCAUGGCUUCUGGUCGGCUCUUGAACAUAAAUAACAGUGAAUUAGCCCACUUCCAAGAACCACAGUUUAGACAAUAUUCCUCUAGAUUGGGUUCUGGAAAAAAAGACUGAGUAGAUUGCUUUAUGGGAGGAAGUUAUCUUCCAAUGUGCCCUGUCAAAUAAUGGUCAGUGUUGAAAUCCAUUGAGCCCUAGGGCAUUGUUCUCCCAUGGGAGGAUGGAUAAUACCCUUAGUUGUAGAAAUAGCAAUCCUAAGAGUACUUGGCCAUGUAUAAAUAUCAAAUGUUUAUCUGGUGUUGUGUACAUCUUGUUUGUAAAACAUGAUCUGUGCCUUCUUUCAUUUAUCAGCAGAUGAGUUGUGUUUUAAAGCAGACCACCUGUUUACAUAGUUUUGCAAAGUGUAUAUAUCUUUUGGUAUAAGUAUUAAAAUGUUGUACAUGCACUGUUAUUGUUAUGUUGAUAAUUAUGCAGAGAAAUGCUCACUUGAAUGUUAUUAUUUAUUGGGGGGAAAUAAAAGAUAACAAUCUGA